CUAAAUCCAUCACCCGAACAGCAGGUUCCCUUUCAAGACGUCAACGACUGAGCAUAUAUUCGCCGCCAGCGACCCUGCAACCCUUUUCAUCUUCCCUCCGUCAAGGCGACACGAUGCUCCGAAAUACUCUAGCACGUUCGGCUUGGCGGACGAGCCGGCGGGCGGUCAAUGUCUCGCGAACUUUCGCGACGACAAGCCAGCGCCCGGCCGAGGUGGAGCUGACAAUUGAUGGAAAGAAGGUCUCGAUUGAAGCUGGUUCUGCUCUUAUUCAAGCCUGCGAGAAGGCGGGAUCAACAGUCCCUCGAUACUGCUACCACGAGAAGCUUAUGAUUGCCGGUAACUGCCGAAUGUGUCUGGUGGAGGUUGAGAGGGCCCCGAAGCCCGUUGCCUCUUGUGCUUGGCCCGUACAGCCCGGAAUGGUUGUCAAGACCAACUCUCCUCUGACCCAUAAGGCCCGAGAAGGUGUCAUGGAGUUUUUGCUGGCUAACCAUCCCCUCGACUGUCCUGUUUGUGAUCAGGGUGGUGAGUGUGAUCUCCAAGACCAGUCUAUGCGUUACGGAGCCGACCGAGGCCGAUUCCACGAGAUUGGCGGCAAGCGAGCCGUCGAGGACAAGAACAUUGGCCCCCUGAUCAAGACUUCGAUGAACCGAUGCAUUCACUGCACCCGAUGUAUUCGUUUCUCCAACGAUAUUGCCGGAGCUCCGGAGAUGGGCUCCACUGGCCGUGGUAACGAUAUUCAGAUUGGCACCUACCUCGAGAAGAACCUGGACUCCGAGAUGUCUGGCAACGUUAUCGACCUCUGCCCCGUUGGUGCUCUCACGUCGAAGCCAUACGCUUUCCGAGCUCGUCCUUGGGAGCUGAAGCACACCGAGUCUAUCGACGUUCUCGAUGGUCUUGGUUCCAACAUCCGUGUCGACUCCCGUGGUCUCGAGGUCAUGCGAAUUCUGCCCCGACUUAACGACGAUGUGAACGAGGAGUGGAUCAACGACAAGACCCGAUUUGCCUGUGACGGCCUCAAGACUCAGCGACUGACCAUGCCUCUGGUCCGCCGUGAGGGCCGCUUCGAGCCUGCUGAUUGGGAGGAGGCUCUCACUGAGAUUGGCCGUGCUUAUCAGAUUAAGAACCCACAGGGUAACGAGUUCAAGGUUAUUGCUGGUGCUCUUACUGAGGUCGAGUCUCUGGUUGUCGCCAAGGACAUGGCUAACAAGCUUGGCUCUGAGAACCUGGCUCUCGAUACCCCUACCGGCAGCCAGCCUAUUGCCCACGGUGUCGAUGUCCGAUCCAACUUCCUUUUCAACUCUCAGAUCUGGGGUAUCGAGGAGGCUGAUGCAAUCCUAAUUGUCGGCAGCAACCCUCGACAUGAGGCUGCCGUUCUCAAUGCCCGUAUCCGAAAGCAGUGGCUCCGAUCCGACCUUGAGAUUGGUGUUGUUGGCGAGACAUGGGACUCCACAUUCGAGUUCGAGCACUUUGGUACCGACCACGCUGCUCUCAAAUCCGCUCUCUCUGGUCCCUUCGGAGAGACUCUUAAGAACGCCAAGCGACCUAUGAUUAUUGUUGGCUCUGGUGUUACUGACCACGCGGAUGCCAAGGCAUACUACGAGACCAUUGGUGCUUUCGUUGAUAAGCAUGCUUCUAACUUCCGAACUGAGGAGUGGCAGGGCUACAACGUCCUCCAGCGUGAGGCUUCUCGUGCUGGUGCUUUUGAGGUUGGCUUCACCACUCCCUCUGCUGAGGUUGCCCAGACCAAGCCCAAGUUCGUGUGGCUCCUUGGAGCUGAUGAGGUGAACGAGGCGGAUAUCCCUAAGGACGCUUUUGUUGUCUACCAGGGUCACCACGGUGACAAGGGUGCUCAGAUUGCUGACAUUGUCCUUCCCGGCGCUGCCUAUACUGAGAAGGCUGGUACCUACAUCAACACUGAAGGCCGUGUCCAGAUGACACGAGCUGCUACCUCCCUCCCCGGUGCAUCUCGAACUGACUGGAAGAUUCUCCGAGCUGCCAGUGAGUUCCUUGGCGCUCCUCUACCUUAUGACGAUGUUGCCAUGGUCCGAGACCGCAUGGUUGAAAUCAGCCCUGCUCUGGCUGCUUAUGACGUUGUCGAGCCCGUCGCUCUCCCUGCUCUGAGCAAGGUCCAGCUCGUCGACCAGAAUAAGGGUGCCCAGGUCACUGGAACACCUCUCAAGAAGGUUAUCGACAACUUUUACUUCACCGAUGUUAUCUCACGAAGCUCUCCCACAAUGGCUCGCUGCUCAGCGGCUAAGGCUACGGGUGACCCUAGGACAAACUUUAUGGCUCCUGGCAUGGAGGAGGAUAAGCCCAUGGGUCAGGUCGAGUAUGGCGUAUGAGGUGGUGGUUGCAAAAGAAUAGAAAUAUUUGCUUUGUUUUUAUGCGUCCGGGAAGUUCGUAGCAUCUGUACAUAUAGGACGUCGGACGGAGGCUGAAGGUAGAUGAGUUGAAUACCUAAUUCCUUCACUACGACGUGCACAUCGUCAAAUGAUUCAUCAUGGCAGCUUUCGCUUGCGAUUCGGGUUCGUGAGGAACAUGUACAUCUCCUUGUCGUGGUUGACUUCUGAUGCCCCAUUGACAUACUUGAUGCUUUGAGGUGUGGCAUGCUGUUGUCCAGGUGAACGAGCCGAAUUCUAGUUGACUCGACGCUCCUGGUCUUGCCUAAGCUGCUCCUUUUUGAUAUCUGCCUCGAGGGACUCGCGGCGACGGUUGAUUUCAGCCUCACGAUGCGCGGCCAUCUGCGAGAAAUGAGCCACACUACGCAUCUGCUCGUAAGCUUGGCGCUCACGCAAUGAUCGAGCAUUAGAAGAGUCAAGGUUUGGUGGUGGGAUCUUCUCUGUGUUUGGGAUACCCGGCCUUGCUGGGGCCUCCAUGUUUGCGACCAUGAUGCCGAGUUCCUGGGAUGUAAGGCCGAGCGGCACGUCUGGCUUUACCUGGCCGCCUUGCAGCUCUUCAAGGGCUUGAAAGCGGCGCCCUUCCUGGAAGAUGCGUUCACGCUCGCGAACAGCGAGGGCGAGGAAAUUCUCUCGGUCUUUGAC